UUACGGCACCGUGACGUCACACGGCGCCCUGACGUCACACGCACGCAUCGCCCACAGCAGAGGAGCCGCUGCACGAAACCUCACGGCCGCUGCAGAUGUGCAGCCCGGGGAUCAACCGAGGAAACGCGGACUGAUGGGAAACACACAACAUCAUGAAAGAGAUUGACACUGUGGGGGGUGAGGAAGAUGAGCAUUGUGAGGAAAACGAAGACGAGGCUCCAAUGAAGCGAAGUUUCUCGGUAGAAGACCUCCUCGAUGAGGUGGAGAAGAUCUGUUACGAUGCCUCGGGGACGUCUAAGGUGGAGAUGGUGGUGAGGCUGUGGAAGGAUGGCUUCACCGUUAAUGAUCAGGAGUUUCGCAGCUACACCGUACCAGAGAAUCAAGACUUCCUGGACUCCAUCAAGAGGGGGGAGCUUCCCAAAGAGUGGGAGAGCAGAGCGGAGGAGGAGGAGCUGGAGAUCAGCGUGGAGGAUCUGACGGAGGAAAACUAUGUUCCCAGGAAAAAGGCCUUUCACCCCUUCAGCGGCCAAGGGUACCGACUUGGCAGUGUUGCGCCCCGAGUAGUGGCCAGGUCACCAUCUGUGCACGAGGAUGGAGAAUCUCCUCCUAUUCCCAUGGUAACACUAGACCACGCCCUUCCCGUUACCUCGCUGCAGAUCUGGUUGGCUGACGGCAGGAGAUUGGUGCAGAGGUUUAACCUAUCGCAUCGGAUCGCCGAUGUUCAAGAUUUCGUGGCGCGCUGCCAGAGGAGCUGCCCGCCUUUCGUCCUGACGACGUCGGUUCCUUUCCGGGAACUCAACGACAAAGAGUUGAGUCUAGAAGAGGCCGAUUUGGCCAACGCCGUCAUCGUCCAGAGACCCCUGAACACAGAGGCUCCGUUUGGACACUCCUGACUAAAAUGCCCCCUCCCCGUUAAUGCACACAACACACCGCUCACCCCUUCACUGACACCUCACCAAGACCCUGAAUGCAGUCUCAAAGCCCCCCUAUAAUUCAUAAUCUAGCUUUAUUCUAAAGUUUGUGCUGCAUUUAUGAUAUUUAAAUCUCCGUGUGGGAUUACCUUCAGAACUAAUGGAGAUAUAAUCAGUUUGUUUGUUGUCAGUGCGUUCUCUGUCUUCUUCCUCUGGAGGACAGCGUUUACCUGCCAACAGAUCUCCCCAAACCCCCAAACUCCCUGUCUCCUGUGCAGAUGCAGAUGUGUCCAUCUGUUGGUCGACCAUAUGUUACUCUCCCUCCUUCCUUCACACACACAUGCACAAUACCUUCACCACCACCAGCACCACCAAGCAACUCUCUUAAAGUCUUCCCAAACUGUGAUCACCAGUUUUUCUGCACUAUUUACAGUAAAACUUAAAUAUAAGAGGCUGAUAUUUCAAUUUGUAUUAUGUAUAGUUUAUAUUUGAUGAACAUAUGUAUUGUUUGCACUUUAUUGUGAUUUAAAAGGGGGAAAGAUGACAACUUGUUACUGUUAUUUGGGUCGACUGUUUUUGUGCCAUUUUUGCGCUUUUUCCCCUUCUUUUGUUCUUGGAGGGGGGGUGUUUAAUUCAGAAUGUACAAUGUAUUGUCUUAUUUGACUGCAUCCUUUCAAAGUAUAUCAAGGAACAAUAAAAAUCCUCA